AUCUACCCUGCGAUUUGAGAUCUACAUUGGUAAAUACAACGAACAUACGUCCCCAAAACCGGCAUCCAGAAUCUCCCAUCUAUUCCUUGGGACUGAGCGCUUGCUGCUUUAGCCUGAGGUGCUCUGAGCUACCCUAAGUCGACGGUGAGCCAGCCUGAGCUGGAUUGACCCCCCAAUGGUUGGUGCGAGUCGGAGUUGUCCACUGAAUGGUUAAUUACUCCCCCACUUCAAUUGUGGUUCGUUUUGACUCACCUUCUUGUUCAUUUUCCAGCCCUGGAGAACACGAUGCGAGCACUAUCGGCAACCUCCACCAGCCUGACCCGAUAUCGAUUGUUGCAAUUGCGACCUGCAUAAAUGUCGCUUCGACCAUUGUUCGCGCCGGCUCCUCGUUCGCGGCCUCCUUCGCUUGCCACGCGGAGCAUUCCAUCCGCAAUCCGGAGGACAUGUAAAAGUACAUCGAACUCUAGUUUCUCGAUUAUGCAACAGACAAAGGCGAGCACAUCUGCUGCCCAGCAUGAUCACCAGUUACGAUCGAAGCCGAGAGUGCCUUUGCGCAUCAUGCCGUUAGGCGGCUCGAUCACCCAUGGCGUCGGAUCGAGUGACGGCAACGGCUACCGUAAAGCGCUAUACGACAUGCUUCAGUCGCAUGGCCACGUUACUCGCAUGGUUGGCUCGCGCAAGAGUGGCACCAUGGCCAACAACGAUCACGAAGGAUGGCGCGGCUUCAGGAUCGACCAGAUUGAGAACAAGGCCAGGGGAUCGGUCACAGCUUGUCUGCCGAACGUCUUCACGGUCAACGCCGGAUCCAACGAUUGCAUACAGAAUCUCGAGAUCGAAAACUUUGGAAGGCGCUUGGGAAAUCUGCUCGAGUACCUGUGGUUGGCAUCUCCUGGCUCGACCAUUAUCCUCUCGACUCUCCUCGUCAGUCAGGACAAGAGUGUCGACUCGAGGAUCCGCUUCGUGAACGAGCAGAUUCGAUCGUUGGCUGCAAGCAAAGCAGCCAAAGGCGAAAGGAUCACUCUCAUUGACAUGUGUACAGCCGAAGGUCCGUGUGUUGGUGAUCUCGUUGAUGGCGUCCACCCCAACGACUUGGGUUAUAGGAAAAUGGCCAGCUUUUGGUUCAAGGGUAUUCGAGGAGCUGUGCUCAAAGGUCUACUUGAGGAGCCGCGGACAUGCGAGUAAACCUUGCCCUGUGAAGUAUCAGUGGUAGCUUUGUUGCAAUAGAAUUGCGAUGCCGUGGAUUCUCAGAUCACUAACACAAGUUGACUUCUAUCUGCUAAGGGAAAGGGGGUGUCAAUGUACACCAGGUCAUAUCAUAAAGCGUUCCAAACCAUUCCCAGCCAAGGAUUAAUUAGAACGGGAUUCCAAGAC